UUCAAUUCAAAGCGUUGCUUGUAAAUGUAAAUUGUAAUUUUAAUGACAACAUAUAUAUGUUUUAUGGAAAUAAAAUUGUGAAUUUUGUAUUUACAUAUUUAAAAGAAUAUCAAUAUGGUAAAGCUUACUACGGAACUCAUCCAAAACUCCAUGCAGUAUAUUAACCCCUGUAGAGAUCGCGAACUAGAUCUCAGAGGUUACAAAAUUCCUCAAAUUGAAAAUUUGGGUGCAACUUUAGAUCAGUUUGAUACAAUAGAUUUUUCUGAUAAUGAUGUCAGAAAGUUGGAUGGUUUUCCCUUAUUAAAACGACUUAAAUGUUUGCUUCUCAACAACAACAGGAUAGUGCGCUUAAGUGAAAAUUUGGAACAAUAUUUACCUAAUCUGGAGUCACUCAUAUUGACGAAUAAUAACAUUUCUGAGUUAGGUGAUUUGGAUCCAUUGGCUACGCUUACAAAAUUACGAACACUUUCACUUAUGCAUAAUCCUGUAGCAAAUAAACAACACUACAGAGCAUAUGUAGCUUUCAAAUUACCUGAACUAAGAUUAUUAGAUUUUAAAAAAAUAAAGCAAAAAGAAAGAGAUGAAGCUAACAUUCUAUUUAAGAGCAAAAAAGGAAAGGAAAUACAGAAGGAAAUCACAAGAAAAGCCAAAACUUUUGUGCCUGGUGGAAACAUGCCAGAUCCUAAAGUUACAAAUCUUACACCUCAAGAAAUUCAUAAAAUAAGAGAAGCAAUUAAGAAUGCUUCAUCUCUACAUGAAGUUGAGCGGCUAACAAGAAUGUUACAAUCUGGACAAAUACCUGGACAGAAACCAUUACAGCCUCAGUCCAACCCAACAAAUGGACAGCAAGAUGAAGAUGAAGAAAUGGAGACGGAUCAAACAAACGGCCAAUAGAGCAAAAGGUUUGUUUUACAACCAGGUGUUACAGCUAUAAGAACAGAUACACAUCCUAAAAUUAUGUUAUUUUAUUAUUAAGCUGAUAAGAACAGGUGUUUCAUUACAAUUAGCAUAUUUGGCUUCAAAGGCAGAUACUACAUAACUACCAAAUAAGUAUGAGUGGUUCUUGCUCCUACUCCUUAUUAAAAUGACCCCUAAAAAUAAUAAUAAUGAAACAGGAAACUAUAUUGGGUCAUUUAUAAACUUACUUUUGAGCAAAAUAUCUUUUUUUUCUUAACAAAUAAAACUAAAUAUGAAUCAUAA